AUGCUCAGAGGCAAUAAAUUGAGAAUAUCCAUGUUCUCGUGCAAAUUCACAUGCUGUCUCUCGCUGGUCUGCUUCUGCUUGAUCCUCCUGGAGGCUCCACAAACAAGUGGUGUGCAACUACAGAGGCAACUCUUGGGAGGUCUGGCCAAUGUCGAUCCUCUCGAGGAUCCGAGGAAUCAACUCCUCUUUGAGGAGUUGGAUAGCCUCUUGCCGGAGUAUCAUCGCAGACUUUCUGCUAAACGUGGAUUUGUGCGCCUUGGCUAA